GGGGAUCAAAGCGCCACUCGCGCUCGGGCUCUGUGUUGGAUGUAAGCGCGCGCGCGUUUCGCUCUCGUCGGGGAUCGAAAUCACGCUUCCGUUUUGUUGGAUUACAGCCGAUCUGAUGUUUUAUUACUGCAGUCUGAUGCGGAGAAAUGGGUAAACUCCAUUCCAAACAUGCUGCGAUCUGUAAACCGAGGGAAAGCCCGGAAGGUGAUAGUUUUGUAGUGAAUGCCUGCUUGGCGAGGAAAGGGCUGGACGACUGGCUGGUUAAGCAGAAGUAUUACUGCACGAGCGCUCGGCUGGAACAGCAGGACUGUGCACAGAAAAGUACCUGCGGGACUUCAGCGAGGGACCCUUUGAAGGAAGCUUGUGCUGAGGGUAUUAGUGAUGAGCACUAUCGUUUAGAAGUAGCCCUGCCCCCUGAGAAGAUUGACAGCUGCAGUGCAGAAGAGAAGAUGCAGGAGAAGGAGAGCUCUGCACCCACGGGUCCACACAAACAACUACAGUUUGAGGAGUUGGAGUGUGCUGUUUCAGUGGAGGAGGAUAACAGGCAGGAGUGGACCUUCACUCUGUACGACUUUGACAACAAUGGCAAAGUCACAAGAGAGGACAUCACUAGUUUGCUGCACACCAUCUAUGAGGUGGUGGACGCCUCAGUGAACCACUCGCCCAGCAGCAGUAAAACCCUCCGUGUCAAGCUCUCCGUCACACCCGACGCCAACCAGAGGUGGAGGAACGGCGGUGGCACUCAUGCCAAUGCAGACAUGCCACACCCCAGGCUGAAGGCUGAAAAGUGCUUUGAGGAGCCCAAAAGCUCGGAGAAGAAGUCCAGAGCCCUUCUGAGGCGUCAUCACAGUGACCAUCACACACAGCAGGGUUGCCAGAGACACUGCGUAGAUGAAAACCUGGAGAGAAGGAAUCAUUAUCUAGACCUGGCUGGCAUUGAGAACUACUCCUCUCGCUUCGGGACAGCUGCACCCACCACCGAGCCACCCAAACCCGACCACGCCUCUCGCCCGUCCAAUCAGACUCGCUCCCGCUCUCAAGAGCCCGAGAACGGACACAGCCAUCCACCCCACCACCAUCGGCGCUCGCACACCAUUUCAACUGAGACCCCCGUCCUGCAGGACAGCCUCUGUCUCCGCCCCCGAGCCCAGGACUCCACCCACCACUCUCAUGGCCUACGAUCACCCAAAGCCCAACCUUCCUGUGGCAGAGUAAUGAAGCGAGGCCCUGCUCCUCCUCCUGCUCCACCCGUCAAUGCCGCGUCCCACCAGAGCUCUGCACCUUACCGGCGACACAAGCAGCGGCCCAGGGAGGGGCCUCUGGCGCGAGGGGCCGGUCCUCCGGGACGUGGGGCGGGGCCAGUCAUGAGUUCGGGACCGGUGGUGGAGAAGGAGCAGGUGAGGGAGCUACCCAGCGUCGUGCUGUACGAUGGCGGCCUGGCGCAGGUGGUGCAGCGACAUGAACACCACCACCAUCAUGAGCACCAUUACCACUACCACCAUUUCUACCAGUCGUAAGCGGAGAGCGUGAGACGGAGCAAAGGAAGCUGCGCAGGCCCGAGCACGGCUGAGCCGAGACUGACAGACAGCAGGCGUCAUGUAGUGUGUGUGUCUUUGCAUGUGUAUGUAAGAAGGCAAGAGGUUCGAUCAGACUGAUCUGCAGGCUAGGAAAGGGCUAUAUCUCUCUGUUUAUUUUCUCUUCCUCUGGAUUACUUUAUUGCUCGUGCUCUAAUAUACAUUACGAACGCCGUCUCACGAUUGAAAAUUACACAACUCAUUUGAGACAUGUCAUGGGGUUAGAGGUCAUAGAUUUUUUUUUUUAAAUCACGUAAAAAUUCUGCGUGAGAUUGAGUUGAAUAUAAAUUAUGUGAAGUCCCUUAAAAGGGUUAUGACUGUUAAAUGAAGUAUUGUGAACUAUGAAGGAAAGGGAGAGAUAGAUAAUCUCCUGUGUGUGUGUGUGUGUGUGUGUAUGUACUAUGUAUGCAUGUAUGUACAGUAUAUGUGUGUGCCUAAAUUGCCUACGGUGUCUUUUCGACGCUGAUCCUGUGUUAUUGCCACUCGAUAACCACUUGAAAAAGCACUUGUGGUGCGGCUCCAUUUAUUCUGUAAAGGACAGACGGAUCAGACCUGGUUCCCAUCAUGCAAUACAGGACGCAGCUUCAGAGACUGCGAGGAAAAAAUAACGAAACUUGGAGAAUGAAGAACGUGAAAGAAGAAAUCCUAAUCUGCUGCUACCUCUAGUAUUAUUAUAAUUGUCGAGAAAAUGAUCAUUUAGAUAGUAUUGUUUAUUUUUUAUUUUUGUUUUUUACUAUUACAUCACCAAUCUACAGUUAUGACAUUUUUAAAAAUCGCAUACAUAUGCUACAGACUUCGUUGUAUGUACCUGUUUAACAAAAAUAUACCGUCGACAUUGUAAGCUUUAUGAAUAAUGUGAUAUUUUUAUUCAUUCUGUAAAUUGUUUGUUCUUUCUCAGCCCUAGAUUGAAUUCAGCGUCUCAGUAUUUUUUUUUUUGUAAAGACCACUAAGUAUGAAAGAUUAAUAGCACAGUGAAGUGUAGUAUAUGAUGCUAUAUGCUGUAUGAGGAUUUGCCUUUUCAAAGCAAUUUGAAUCUGUGCAGGUGUGAAUGAAUGAGUGCAAAUUUUGUACACUCUUGGAAAAAAUGUGGUAAAAGAAAAACACACACACACACACACAGAAAGAAAUGUAUUUUAUACCAGCAAGACGUUGAUGGUGUUCAGUUUAACGGAUGUUCCCUCGUUAUUUCAGAAAACACAGUCAAGUAAUGUAUGAUAAGAUAAUAAUUAAACAAAGAAAAGGCUAUCAGUUCAAAAGUUUGCACCCCUCUUUCUGAACGUGAGAUAUACUUUCUCCACAAUUUGGUGAAUGUGACAUAAACUCCACAUUCUCCAAACAUUGCAACAGUUUAUUGUCUUUUUAACAUCCUCUAACAUUUUUAUUAUUCUCUGUAUCAACUCUUAUAAUAUUCAGAAUUUUUAUUUCUUGGGUCUUUUUUAGAUAUAAAUAUGUAAAAAAAGUAAAAUAUUCCAUGAUUUUACAAUUUAUUUUUAACCCAGAAACCAUGGGGGAUGCAAACUUUUGCACUAAUGAAAGAAACCUGGAAAUGUUGUGUGUGUGUGUGUGUGUGUGUGUGUGCGUCACCUGUCUCAAUCCUGAGCUGCAGCAUGACAGUAAUGGUGGUGGGUUACAGUCUCCACUCUAACCAUAACUCACCAGCGCUAAGCCCGCUAUCAGACGUGUGUGUGUGUGUGUGUGUGUGUGAGAGAGAGAGAGAGAGAGAGAGAGAGAGUGAGUGUCAGAGAGAGUAUCAGACAGAAACAUGCAGACAGGAAGAGGGUGUGGGUUGAAGAAGCAGUUUUUUAACAGGGGUGUGUGUGUGUGUGUGUGUGUGUAUGUUGUAGGAGUUCAAUAAUGGAUAAAUUUUACUGUUUGAAUUCUACUAGAAUUUUCGGAAUAUUUAUGUAUUCAAAGGCAAAAAAAUCCACAUUGGAAUAUUUAAGGUCCCACGUCUAUCAAAAUCCGUUUCAUAACAUUUUUUGGCUAAAUGAUUUGUGUCACUUGUUUAGUAAAAGGGCUCUGAAAAAAAAUGUCAUUUUUAAAAGUGUAUUUUAUUUUUUAAGUUCUUAAUUAUGUCUAAUUUUUAAAAUUAAAUUUAAAAGUGAUAUUACAUGUAAAUAGUUAUUUUUCCAUUCGCACUUAUUGGUUACAUUUUCUCCGAAUGCUGUUCUGUUUGGUGAAUAUAUAGGUUUUAAAACGCUGUUGUCUAUGUAGUGAGCGUAGAUAGUGAAUAUGAAGCCAUUUGGGAUGUGGCCUAACUCGAUUAUUUUUGUGAAGACGGGUUUAAAAUGGCAGAUUGUUAAAUAAAUGCAAAGCUAGCAAAAUAAAUGUCAAAUUUAGUCAAAUAGCAACAUCAAUAAACCAUUACUGUAAAAAUCCAAAUCGAUAACGUUUAUGAAACAAAUAUUAAGAAUUUGUUUCCUUGUAUUUUUGCUUUUAUGUGAUACAAAAGCAAAAUGUAGCGUUACUUAUAAUGUUCUGUUUGCAACAAGGAUUAAAUUAAAGAGUUUAGAGCUGAACAAGGAUUUGUUUAUCUAAUUUUAUUUUAAUUCAAGUUGUGUUGCAUCACUUCAUUUUAAACACGGUUUAACAAAUCAGCAAUUACAUCCAGAAUCUCAUAUUCUAAUCUUGAUGUUUAAAAUAUUAAAAUAUCACCUGAAAACAAUUCUGACAGACCUUCGAUGAUGGAUUCACCAAACUAGCAUUUCCUUCGAGAGGCUCUUUAAUGUCCAGUGAAUAUAAGAUGUGCUUUUAAUUUGGAAAUGUAGCUAAGGUUGAGAUGAUGAGAUGAUGAAAAUUAAAUAUCUAAAUAGUUCAAGACAUGAUGUGUAUCACAAGAUAAAGGUUUUCAAACAAACUGCCAGUGAAACAGUUGUGUAGCAUUUAAAAAUAAACCCUUCAAAAUGUUGUGGUGAUACUUUUAUUUAUUGUCUACAAAAAAACAGAAGGAAACUGAAAGAAGAAUUUAAAAAAGUAAUAAUAAUAAUUAAGAAGGCUAAAUAUUCAAAGCGUAGAAAACUUCAGCUCAAAACAGUUCCUUGUUAUUUGAAAAAGCUUGAAGUUAUUAAAAGAUAUCACGAUACUGACGAUAUAUCAGGAAGUGUAUUUUGAUAAGAAUUUAUCACAGUAUUGAUAUUAUGUCAUCAUAUCGCCCGGCUCUUAAUGUAGCUCACCUCAGCGGCUGGAUUAAAAUUAAUCCCCUAAAAAGUUUUCUGUAAAACUAAACCCUGUGUUAAACCAGGGCUUAAAUGGAAUCCUAAUUAUUUUUAUACAAGUUUUGAAGUCUGUUACAACUGGAUUAAGAUCCAUUUUGAUUUAAUCCAGGUUUAAAUCCUCUAAGGCAGGGAUUCCCAAACCGCUUAAACUGAAAUAAAAAAAUAUAUAUCCACGGAUUGCCGGAGUUAUUUUAUCAACACAAUCCAAAUAUUCAAAUAUUAAGCAUAUCAUUUAAACAUGUACAGUAUUUUGGCUAUUUAUUUGAGAAAUUGAUCUUUUUAAUUUCUGAAUUCAUCACUCAGAACACAUUUAUUACAUCUUAUUAAAGUUAUAAUUAGAUUUGAGUUGACAUUACUGACUUCUUUCUGAGUUAUUGAGGUUUGGAUUGAACUCGUUCAGUUCAAGUAACCAGGUUAAUAAUUACAAGAACUUACUAAUAAAUAUAAUAAAUUUGAUAAAUGUGAUUUCCACCACUGUAACACAAUAAAAAAAUCACAGACCCACGGUGGUCCAUCGACCCCACUGUGAAAACCAGGUAAUUCAAACUUUAAUUAAUAAAAACUUUAAGUUUUUAAAGAGGAAUGUAAAGGUAUGUAUAAUGAUAACAGUCUACCAGUGAGGUUUAGAGCCUUAUUUAUUUAUUUAUUUAAAAUGUCACAUUUGUUCUUAAGAAAAGUGCUUAAUUCACCUGUGUUCAAGUGAUAUGUGUAUAUAUAUAUAUAUAUAUAUAUAUAUAUAUAUAUACAGUCGAAUAUACACAUGCAACAUAGUUGUGUGCUAAAUAAGGGUGUACUUAAUAAUUAAAAUAUGUUGAUGGAAUUAUUACAAACAGUGGAAUGAAAAUGGGCAAAAAACUGACUCACAUUAACCUUCUUUACCUUAUAACAAAUACGUAUAAUUUAAAGCAACCUUUUUUUUUAAAUUUUUGUAGUUUUUAUACAUGGCCUAUAAUUUGUUUUUUAUGGCAAUGCAAGCAUUACAACUACAACAUAAAUGUAACAAAAUAAAAUAAAAUAAAAAUUAGCAAAAAGUUCAUAAGUCAGGUUGGAAAAGUGUUACUUUGCGCGUGGUUUAUCAAAUUUUUGAAUUAUGAAAUUGUUACUACACAUGAAUUUUCACGUACGGCCAUUUUAGGAUAAAAUUUGUGUGUAUGAAUGUUUUAGAAACCAAUCUGAAACUGCUUCUCUCCCCGCACUUUUCUCUUCUUGUAAGGAGGGAACGAGCAGCAACUUAAAAUGCCUGUCGCCUUUGGUAUGAGCUUUAUGAGCUAGGAGCAGAGAAAGACGCGCACGCACACACACACACACACACACACACUCACACACACACACACACAGCUUCAGGGUGGUCUCAUUAGGACUAAUGUGUCAUUGUUCUUUUCAGCUGUUCUCCCUCUUUCUCUCUGUCUGUCUGUGUGUAGUGUAGCCAGGCGUGGCAGCCCUUUUCUCCCUUUACAUGAGCAAGAUUAAUGACACCAUGUGCUACUGCAGACUGUGUGUGUGUGUGUGUUAUCAAAGAGGAUUUUUAAGUGUUUUCUUGUCUCAUGCUUAAUGAUAUUGACGGAAACACUCCCGACUUUUGGGAAGCAAUACAUCGGACACUCUCUGAUCACUGUGCAUAUUCUCACCUAUUGCGGUAUUUUCCAGAUAUUUUUUUCCAUCAGUUUAAAAUGAUUUUCUGUCACAUAGCGCUUUUUGUAAAUAGUAUUCUUCGGGUUGGCUGAUGGCUUCAUUUCUUUCUCUCUCACAGAGUUCUCACACACCACUUAGUUUGUAUAGAGCUGGAUUUGAUCCGUUGCUUUAUUUAUUUUUUUGAGAGCCGGACUGUGCCGAGACAACUACACUUUCAUUAAAGGCUGAACUUCCAUAUCAGAUUGUGUUCGCAUUGUGCUGUUUCAGCGUAAUCAGUAUUGGUGUAAAUUUUGUUUUCUAAAGGAGAUGCAAAUACCACGAUGGCAGUACUGUAGCUCUGCCUUAGGUUUAUAUGUAAAUGUUUUCUAUGAGAUGUUUGUUUAACAUUCAUGGAAGGAGUCUCCAGUGUCAGUGCUUUGUAACAAUUUUCAAAUGUGUGAAAGCGAGUGAUUGAAUAUUUGUAGGAUUUAAGUAUAUGGAAUUAUUGUUGCAGCCAGUAGAUUGAUAACUGAUUAGAGUUUGGAAUUGAUCCAAACAGGAUCAAGGUCACAGCAAGGUCAAAUGCCUGAAAUAGCUUUUUUCUUCAAUAGUCUCCUUCCUGUUUGUAUAUUUUAUGGGAAUUUCAAGCAAACAGAUUAGCAAGAAGAAAGAUGCCAUUGGUAAUGUUACUAUAAAUGGCUAAAAAGUAUGAUAUGAUAUGAUGUCAUUAAUAAACUAAACAUUGUAACUGUUGGCAAACAGCUGUGGUAUAAGAGGAAUAAAACACUUCAGGACAUGCUGGUCUUGGAAAAGAAUCAACUCUGGCAUGGUAUCAGUAACUCCACUAUCAGAAAACACCUUCCUUGAUUAUUUUCCUAUAACAGCAUGACACAGAGUGUUUUAUUCCUUACAUGUAGCCUAAUUAGCCAAUGUGCUUAGGAAU